GGCAUCAAAACCAACAAGUGUCUGCCUGUUGCAACUGCAACAAACACAAGUGUGUGGUGCUCUCCCAUGAUUUUACUCGAUUUGUUUAUUUACCCACGUGAUAAUUUUUACAAAGUCUCUCUAAUAUUGUCGUGUUAACGUCCCUGUGUCGCCUCUACCAAGUUUCAACUGACGCCUCACUGUUACCAUUUUGCAAGCUAUCUUAUUUUGUUUAACGUGGUGGCAAGGGCUAGAAAUUCAUCAAAGUGAACCCCCUUUUUUGGAAGAACUUUACCUGAAUGCAUUACGUGGUACAUCCAGCGGAUUUCCCAGUUUGACUGCUGAAUUUUUGAUGAGGCGAAGGCCGGCCUGGUGAGGCUCGGCCAGCGUGCCAGCUUGGCCUUCGGCUCGGCCUUGUGGGGCUCGAACGGCAUCGCCGAGGGCAUCACCAUGCAGCACUGCCUGGGAUCGCCGCAGCAGUUCUGCCUCCGCUGGAACAACUACCAGAGCAACCUCACCCACGUCUUCGACCAGCUGCUGCAGAAUGAGUCGUUCGUGGACGUCACGCUGGCCUGCGAGGGCCACUCCGUCAAGGCCCACAAGAUGGUGCUGUCAGCGUGCAGCCCCUACUUCCAGACACUCUUCUUCGAGAACCCCUGCAAGCACCCCAUCGUCAUCCUCAAGGACAUCCGCUGGCCGGAGCUCAAGGCCGUCGUGGAGUUCAUGUACAAGGGGGAGAUCAACGUGUCACAAGAGCAGAUCGGGCCGCUGCUGCAGGUCGCCGAGUCGCUCAAGAUCCGCGGCCUCGCCGACGUGACCGGGGAGGACGGCUUCGGCGAGGGCAAGGCUGAGCCGGUCAGGGACUCCAGCGCCAGCCGCGACGCCCGAGACACCCUCAGGGACCCGACGGGCACCCCGGCGGGCAAGGAGGAGCGAGAGCCGCGCGAGCACCGCAGUCCCGGGCAGCGCGACUCGGCCAGGGACCCCGCCAGGGACCCCGCCAGGGACUCUGGCCGCGAGCGCGACCUGGUGACCCGGGAACUCAUCAGCCGCAGCUCCCCGAGGGACCUGAGGGACUCGAGCGCGCGCGACGGGAGUAGGGAUCCGUCCGGGGAGCGGGAGUCCUCGAGCCGGCCGCCCAGCAGCCUCAGCCUCGGCGGCGGUCUAGCCGGCCUGGGCAGCCACGAGCCCCUGCCGCUGUCGCUGCCGCUGCAGAACCCCCUGGCGCUGCCACUACCGCUGUCGUCGCCUCUGCCCAUGCACCGCUUCAAGAAGAGGCGGCGCGCGUCGGCGGACCACAGCCCGAUCCAAGGCGCCUCGUCGCCCGAGUCAUCGUCCUCCAACCUGAACCACUCCAACGGCACCCCCGGCAGCCCCGGCCACAGCGGCCACAGUGGCCCCGGUCUCGGCCCCAGCCACGGCCCGGGCGCCCCCCAGCUGCAGGGCAUGCCCGCCGCAGCCGACCUGUCGCUCGCCAUGCCGCCGCCGCCGUCACUGUCGGACGACUUGGAGAUCAAGCCAGGCAUCGCCGAGAUGAUCCGCGAGGAGGAAAGGGUUGCAGCGAAAACAGCCAGCCCCUUCAAACCGGGGCUGAUGCUGAAACCCCAGGCCAAGCUGUUGGAGUCCUCGUCGCAUGCCUGGCUGGGCGCGUCCACGUCGUCGUUAGCCGCAGAUAGCUACCAGUACCAGCUGCAGCACAUGUGGCAGAAGUGCUGGAACACGAACCAGACGAUGGCGCACAACCUCCGCUUCCGCGAGCGCGGCCCGCUCAAGUCGUGGCGCCCCGAGACCAUGGCCGAGGCCAUCUUCAGCGUGCUCCGGGAGGGGCUGUCGCUGUCCCAGGCGGCGCGCAAGUACGACAUCCCCUACCCGACGUUCGUGCUGUACGCCAACCGCGUGCACAACAUGCUGGGGCCCUCGGUGGACGGCGGCGCAGCCGACCUGAGACCCAAGGGCCGCGGCCGGCCGCAACGCAUCCUCCUCGGCAUCUGGCCCGAGGACCACAUCCACGGCGUCAUCAGGGCCGUGGUCUUCAGGGACCCCCAGCACCUCAAGCCGGCUCAGGACGACGCGCACUACUCCCGGCUGGCGGUCGGCAAGGGACAGGUGCAGAGCUACAACAUGAACGCCAGCAUGAACUCGAGUAUGAACUCGGGCAUGAACGGACCGGACCACGGGCACAACGUGACCCCCAACGCCGCCACCAUGGCCGCCAUGGCGCAGGGGCUGCGGCAGCAGAUGUGCAACAUGGUGGUGGCGGCGGCGCAGCAGCAGCAGCAACAAGCGCAGCAACAGCAGCAGCAGCAACAACAGGCGCAGCAACAACAGCAGCAGCACGCCCACGCCCUCCAGCAGCAGCAACAGCACCACCUGCAGCAGCAGCAACUGCCGCUGCAGCACCUGAGCAGCCUGGAGGCGAUGGGCGCGCUCAGCCUGGUGACGCACUGCGGGCCCUUGCAGCGCCCCAACGGGCCGACGGGCUCCUCCUCCUCGGCGCAGUCCGGCCAGGCGCCGGCCGGCUCCACGCUCAACUGCGCCAUGGGGCUGUCCAGCCCGCUGGGGCUGCGCCGCUCGCACAGCCCCGCCGUGGCCCCCGGCCUGCCGCCCGGCAUCAGCGUCACGGGGCUGGGCCUCGGCCAGGGCAUGGGCCAGGGCCUGGGCCAGGACAUGCUGCGCUCGCUCAGCCCGCUGGAGCAGGUCCUGGGCGGCCGCAACGCCCUGUCCGUCCUGGGGCUGCCCGGCAUGGCGGCCAACGCGUCGCACGCGUCGCGCGCCUCCACCAUCACCUCGCCGCCCGGGGAGCGCGACAGGAGAAAGCUGGACGAGCAGCGCGACCGCCUGCUCAAGCACGCCAGGGAAGACGAGGUGGACGACGCGGACCAGGAGGAGGACGACCUGCGCAUCGCCAGGGACUUCCUCAACUCGGCCAACAACAACGACCUCAUGGCCAACAACAACAAUAACAACAAUCGCAGCAGCGCCAUGGACAUGGACCUGAUCAAGGCCGGCACGCACGCCCACGAGUCGCUGUUCCAGGACGACAUGGACGACCUGUGUGUAGUAUAUCCAAUGUACCAAAAUUCUGCCUUAGAAAAGCUAUUGUCUUUACAGCAGCUCAUUUUGUUUUCAUUUGUGCCAGCUGAAAUGUGUUUCUUUGAUGUUAUCUGCAACACCCCUCUCAGUGAAAUAAUCUCUUUCAGUGAAUGCAAGAUAUCAGAAUCUUUUUAUUGCUCGCUGUCUCAUUAUGAGGCACAGAGUGUUUCUCAGAUGUUGAACAAUGAGGUCAUGUGUGACUAUAGCUACGAUUCAUAA